CACCAACUUCCGAUUCCCAAAAGGUUCUACUUCCGAUAUCAGCAGCUCUACUUCCGGGUCCUGCGUGGCAGUUGAAAGAGAGGCGGGAGAAGUUGCCGGGAAUGAUUUGAUGGCACAUACUGAUGGCUCUGAAGAAGUCAUCACCCUCACUGGAUUCUGGUGAUAGUGACUCUGAGGAGUUGCCAACAUUUGCCUUUCUGAAGAAGGAACCUUCAACAAAGAGGAGACAGCCUGAAAGGGAAGAGAAGAUUGUAGUGGUUGACAUCUCAGAUUCUGAGGCCUCCUGUCCUCCAUCACCAGGCUUGAAAGAUUCACCACCUGUCCCAGACACAGCUGAAACUGUCACAGAAACACAGCCAGUCAGUUUGCUAAGCAGUGGAAGUGAGGAUGAAGAAUCUGUUCCUCUAGCUCAGAGGCUUAUAUGUAAGUUUCUGACCCACAGGCAACUGAGCCCUGAGGACUCUAGCUCCCUAAUUAAAAGUGUUUUGGAUCAUCAAAAUAAUGGUGUGUCAUGUGACUGGAAAAAGCAGCCCUUUUCAAAGAUCCCUCAAGUUCCCCUCCACGAUACUCCAGAGAGGAGUGCAUUAGAUAACAAGGACCCAAUCUUAGAUCCAUGCCGUCAGCUUCCAGCCUACCAGUCUACCUGCCCUGGCCAGAGCAGCAGCUUGGCAGUAACCAAAACAAAUUCUGAAAUCCUCCCACCCCAAAAGAAAACCAAGCAGAGUCAGAAGGUCCAGGGAAGAGGCUCACAGGGAUGCCAGCAGCAGAGACAAGCAAGGCAGAAGGAAAGCACCCUGAGACGACAGGAAAGACAGAAGGCAGCACCGGUAACCAGGAUGAAGGCCCAGAGGCCAGAGGAAUGCUUAAAACACAUCACUGUGGUGCUGGAUCCAGUGCUUUUACAGAUGGAAGGUGGGGGGCAGCUCCUGGGAGCACUGCAGUCCAUGGAGUGCCGCUGUGUGAUUGAGGCGCAGGCCGUGCCUUGCAGUGUCACUUGGAGGAGAAGGGCUGAAACGUCUGAGGACGGAGAGGACUGGGUGGAGGAGCCAAUAGUCCUGGUGUUGCUCCGGGCAGAGGCAUUUGUGUCCAUGAUCUACAACGGAAAGCAGGGAAGCCUGGACAGCACUAGGAAAGAGAAGAAAACAUUUCAGGGCUUUGUAACUGAUAUCACAGCAAGGACAGCAGGGAAAACUCUGUCACUGGUGAUUGUGGAUCAAGACAAAUGCUUCAGUGCUCAGCAUCCUCCAAGAAGAGGGAAACAGGGAAUAAAUAAACAGACGAAGGAGAAGCAGCAGAGACAACCAGAGGCCAGCACAGGGUCCAUAGUAUCCAGGGUAGACGUGGAAGAGGCAUUGGUGGAUCUGCAGCUACACACGGAAGCCCAGGCUCAAAUUGUGCAGAGCUGGAAAGAGUUGGCUGACUUCGCAUGUGCAUUCACCAAGGCUGUGGCUGAGACGCCCUUCAAGAAGCUCCGAGAUGAAACUACCUUCUCCUUCUGUGUGGAGAGUGACUGGGCUGGAGGGGUGAAGGUGGACCGUGCUGGCAGGGGACUCUCACUGGUCUGGAGGAGACAGAUUCAGCAGCUGAACCGAGUCAGCCUGGAAAUGGCCAGCGCAGUUGUGGAUGCCUAUCCCUCCCCACAGCUUCUGGUACAGGCUUAUCGGCAGUGUUUUUCGGAGCAAGAACGCCAGAAUCUGCUUGCAGACAUACAGGUGCGCCGUGGAGUAGGUGUGACAUCCACCUCUCGCCGUGUUGGACCAGAGCUAUCCAGGCGUAUCUACCUUCAGAUGACUGCUUUACAGCCAGAUCUCUCUUUAGAUAGUGCUAAUUCUAGCCUUCAGGGAUGAGGAUGAAAAGCUGGAGACUUCCACCUCCCCACCUCAGAGUCUGACUGCAGUGAAGAGACUGGCAGCACCUGGAGCACAAGUCUAGGUGAGGCCCAGUCUCUCUGCACAUCAGCUGGGGCAGAGACUGAAAUACUGCCACCUACCUUCGGCAUUUUAUGUUCCUCUCCUGGCAAAAAUUAACUGCCACAGACAAACCACCCCCACUCCUACCCAGCCAGCCCUCAAAACACAAAGGAACAAAGACAGUCCACUCAGACACGUAUUUAAUAAGAAAUCCAAAAGAAUUAGCAUCAAAUCUCGAAGUCGUGAGUGAAGCUGCGGAUUGGCUUGACGGGGCUCAGCCACUGAGCUGCCUCAACCGGCCAAGGAACAGGAUAUAACUAUGCGGACUUCUAUGUUGUCUUAAUCUCAUUGUAUGUAUUAUGUAUUUAGUUUCAAUAAAGCAUUUGUACCAACGGC